CUCACGCGUGAAAGUUGCUGCGCACACAAAUUUGUUGACACUUGGCGAAAGGAGAAAAACAACAAUAAGCGCAAAUACACCAAGUUUUGGCUGCGAAACAAUAGCGGAAAACCGUGUAUAUUUGUAUAUUUAAAAUUCAAAGUGAAUAUAGACAUGACACCGCAACCGCCACCACCACCGCCAGCACAGCAGCAGCCACCACCGCCCAUGGGGCAGACUAUAGCCCCCAGUGGUGCAUUUCCAGGUUCACUCACACCCGGCUGGAACGAUCCGCCGCCAGUGAGUGGAGACAGCGGCAAUCGACGACCUCGGCUCGACCUGCGCAAACGCGUUGCAUACCCCAUGAACGGACCAGGCGAUGGCCAGCCCCAAUCAUCGCAGCCGCCGAUGCUCUGACCUGCGCUGGAGCUCUUCUAACUGAGAUUUCGUCGGCAGGGCUGGCACGGCUGCCCCGAAUGCCACGUCAGCUGUGGAUGUAAAACAAGCUUAUGAUUUCCACGCAUUUGUUUUAGCACCAACAAUAAUUUACAUAGAUAGCAACAAAAUAUAUAUAUACAUAUGAUAUAUGAU